AUGACACCGCCUACUUUUCUGCCAGUUAUGUAUGCUGCCAGUCAGGCAAGCUCAAGCUCAACCGAGAAAAGUAGGCAGGCACACACAUGUGUAAUCAGGCUCGAAGUUAUAAAUCCGAGAGCCCCCCACAAAUUGACUACACUUCACAUCACUUCAAAUACACUUCAAAACAACUCGAAGAUUCCACACACACAGCUCAAGAUAAAAUUAAUAAUCCCAACCGCUGUCCGCCCAAACCAACCUGACCCAACCCACCCAACCAAACCAGACAUAAAAAAGUUGAAAGCGUGA